CUGAUCCACACUCCAUACCAGUAGGUGGCGGUAAUGCACACCAUUAAGUUGCUUGCCAACCCCAUUAAAAACAAGAAGAAGAAGAAGAAAGCAGCUGGACCUUAAUGCUCUGCUGUGAAAACUUGGUUGGACUUUUAAGAAACGUUGCAGUUAGAAAGCAUUGCUAGCGAUGAGCAGAUGAUGGCGGUUCAGAGAUUUUCAUCGCUUCAGGAGGAGGAAGCAGCAGCAGCAUCACUGUGUGAUGCAGUCAUGACUGAUCUGCAAACAUUUUGUGCUGCACAAACUUUCCACAGCUCAGUUUCAAUAAUCAGAGGGAAAUAUUUUCUCUCCAACGUUCACAAUCAUCUCCUUCUCCAUGGUCAAACAAGCUUUGUUCACUUUGCACCACACAGCCUGUGUGUAAAAGAAGAAUGCUCUAAUUUAUUAUUUAUUCAUUGGUUGUUUUUUUUAUUUACUAAAUCAGAUUUUGUUGGCGCUCAUUUUUUUAUUUAAGUGAUUUAGCAGAAAAUUCACCAUAUUUCACAUAUUUUAUGUUUGAAAAUUGAUUGUUGAACAACUAAAUAGUCAAAUACUGUGUGCAGGUUUGAGCUGUAAAAGGAGCAGCUUUCAGUCAGAGACUCUGAAUUAGAAAACAGAUCAUCUAAAAUAACUCCGAUCAGCGUCAGGUGCAUCAAACCUCCAUCAGUCCAGUCUGUGUUUUUAGAAAUGUGUCAGUUUGUGUCUCUGCAUUUAUUUCUAGAACUUCAACUUCAGCCUGCAGCUUCAUUCAGCCCCAGAAACAACGUAGACAGGAAGAGGAAGUUCUGACCCGUAUGACCCAGACAGUGUCGGUGUUGAACAGUUCAGUCGGCAUCAGGCAUCAGUCAUGGAGGCUCCAUCGUUCUGGAUCAACUUGUUUCUCCUGCUGAUUUCACAAACUGAACAGAAAACUGGUUUUCCUUACAUUUUCCCAGAAAGACUUCAGUUCUUUGAGUAUGAGAUUGUAACUGUACAAUGUGAGUGUUUAGAUGGAGUCAGUGGCUGGAGAGUAAUGAGGAAAUUCAACCAAAACAGAGGAACAAAUUCUUUGGACCCCUGCAGCUCAGCAGAACCUUCCUGCACUCUGGAUCCGGCCUUUGAAGUGUACAGCGGAGAGUACUGGUGUGAAAAUAAAGAAGGAGAAAUGACCAAUUCUAUUAAUAUUUCUAUUACAGCUGGUCUGGUGAUCCUGGAGGUUCCAGUCCAACCAGUAGCAGAAGGAUCAGACCUGACACUUUGGUGUAUCCACCAGAAAACUGAGCUGCAUCACAUCAGCGAUUUCUAUAAAGAUGGUCUCCAUCUCAUGACCUGCUACAGCAGCAACAUGACCAUCAGAAACGUCUCUAAGGCCGAUGAAGGGAACUACAGCUGCAGCAUCUCUGGAGCCGGAGAAUCUCCUGACAGCCGGCUGGCUGUUCACAGAACACUCACAGGCCCGUCUGAAAGAAACGGGUCGUUUGGACCGAGUCAUUUGGUUCGGUCCAAACGGUGUGAAACCUUCAUUCUUCAGACUGCAGCAAAAUUUCUACUUGUGGCCUUGAUGUCAGCGGUGAUCGCUCUGAUUCACUACAAGAGAAAACAACAUACCAAGGCAGAGAGGACGGCGGACAGCAGCAGUCCGUCUGUCAGAGGAGGAAACGAUGAACUGAUCCAUGAAGAUACCAGUCGAUUCUGUGAAACUCACAUUAAUUAAACUCACAUUAAUUAAUCUCACAUUAUUAAAUUCACAUUAUUAAAUUUACAGAUACAACUUAUGGUCAAAAACUUUUCACAAGGGGAAAAUAAAGUAAAAAAAAGUGAAAUAUUAUUACACUCUGCUAACAUCAAUUCAGUGACGAAAAUGUUUGACUAUUAAUGGUUUUUGAUAAUUUCUUAAUGCUUCUUUUUCCUGCACUAAAAGAGCAAAAUUAUUUAGCUCAGUAAAGUAUUUGUUCUUCAUUAAUUAAAAAAAUAUAUAUUUCCCUGGAUUAGUUUAGCUGAUAUUUGCGUGUUAAAUGCAGCCUGGAUGUGGAUAAUUUUUGUUUCUUUAACUUUAGCUUUUUACAAAUUUCAUUGUUUGAAAACUGAAAGACUUUUAGUUUAAAUAUUUCAGAAAACAAAGGUUUUGAUUUUUCUGUCUGCUGUUAACAGAUUGAACUGCUCUGAUGUAUUUUCGGACAAAACAGACGCAUGUUUAGCUUUAUACAUCAUUUAAUUCCAUUUUCAUGCAUUUGUUUUUUUUUCACAGAUACUUCAAACUGUUAUGCGUACCAAAUUAUCUAAAUAAAUUGUCAAUAUUC